AUGAUCUGGUCCCUUGAUCAGGACAGUUCGUCAAACACAAGUGGUAAUGAUUUCUUGGGAAUUGGGGUAACAAAUGGAGUCGCUGCCACGGACGCCGAGAAAAUCAGGACACUUCAAGCAAGGGCUCAAGCGCUUGCUAAUAAUCGCAAUUCAUGUUACUGGUCGUUCUGUGGUCAGGAAUGCACCGUUGGCUUCAUACCCGAGACCUAUGCCAAGGGUCAAGUCACUGGAAUCUCACUGGACACAACCUGCAGCGGUGAUGAUGUCCAAACACUAUGCUGUGCACCUGGUACAAACACAGGCACAUGCGACUGGUAUGGCUGGCGUGGUGUUGGCAUGCCUUGUGUUACAGGUUAUUGCCCUGAAGGGUCCGAUCUCAUUGCGAUCAAUACACCUCCUACCGCUACUGAUCCCUCAUCGUACUCGGACAAGACUUUCGUAGCGAGUCAGACUGCCAGCCCUCAGACGUCCACCAGCAAGAUAGCAAGGGAAACUGGAGGCGCUCAUGCUCGAAUGCAUCCUCAUGGGCAUGGACAUCGAAAAUGGCACUAUUAG